CACGUAGCCAGUCCAAACGUUUGACUGACAGCUCAUCUUCUGAUUCAGAUGGAGUAGAAAUGAAAACUUUGACCAGAAAAAACAAAUUCACCAUAAGCUCUUCUGAUACAGACAUUGAUGUAACAUCAGAUCACGACGACUUUGACAAUCUCAUAGAUGAUGACCAAAUAUUGCUCGAUGAUUUUGUUUUGGUACGAUUCCCAACAAAGAAAAAUGUGUUUCACUGCGUCGGCCAAGUAAUAGAAUUGUCGGACGAGUAUGGAGAAUAUGUUGUUAAGUUCUUACGGCAUUCCAAAGGCUAUUUCAAGUUUCCUCCUGCAGAAGACAUUUCUGCCAUUUCUCGAGCUGACAUUGAGUCAAAAUUACCUAAACCUACAGCCACUGCGGCGACACCCCGAUUGGCGAGUUUUUUGAAGUUCAAUAUUAACUUCUAUGGUUUGAAUUUGAAAUAAUAUUACAUAAUGUUCUGUUUUAUUAUGUUAUGUGUUAUGUUGCAUAAUUUAUA